AUGUAGAAAUCUCUCAUAUUCCUCAUUGCAUUACUCGGCCUUGCUGCCGCAUCUACCCCAUCUUACAACGUAAAGACUAGAAAAGAAAUUAUCAAUGAAAGAUUCUAUGAAUCUCAUGGAAGAAUCCAAUAAAGAGCCUUGAAAUCUGGAAGAGUUAUUAGAGCUACAUCAAAAGGUCUAACUGGAUGUGAUAAUGGGGCAUUUUGCUUUGCCUAAGGACUAGCGUACGGCCUCUAAUUCUCUCAAUACAAACCAAGCACCUGCUAUGUUGCCCUUACUACUUCAAUCACAUCUAGCGAGGAAAUCAUUACUAAAUUCUGGAAAAUCUUUGUUCCAAUGUACAUGGCCAGUCAUUUGUAAUUAUUGUAAGACAACACCAGUGCUGUUUCUGCCAUUGGAUGCAAUUGCAAUGUUCAAGGACUUGUUGACUUUGUUACCAAGGCUCUUGCUGAGGGAAUUUCAAGCACCCUUGCUAGUCUUGGAGGCGCCCUUCUAUUUGAAUUAGGACCACUUACAGCAACCAUCACAAGUCCUAGUGCUACAGACUUAAAGAGAGGAAUUGCAAGUGGCAAACUUGUCUCUAUUUGCACUAGAUGGUACGUAUGA